AUGCCGGUGAGCAGUCCGUCGAUCGGCUACUACUACUACUACUACUACUACUACUACUACUACGAUAUAGGGCCCCAUUCGUUCCUCGCCGAUGCCGGUGAUUUGAUGAUACAAGAAGCUGCUGAGCUCAUACUGCGAGUGAUGUGCAUUAAUACAGGCCACAGCGGUACAUACAAGCAUUGCAGCACCUUGAGUGAGUGCCCCCACUUGCAGCGUGCUUUGGUCGCAGCCCGCGAUGCUUUACGAGAUAGGACUAUCACGCCUGAGAUGGUUCUAGGCAAGCAGUUGGUGCCUGAGGUUCUGGGUGAAAAUACGAGGGCGGCGCUCAUGCGUAUAGAUGCAGACGACGACAAUACCGUGUAUUGUACGCUCAUCUGCCUUGCCCGGGUCUUCGGUGUGGAACUUGACUGA